AUGGGGGAAUUAGAUGCUGAAUCAACCCUUGCUGAACUCCGCAUAGUAAUUGACAGCUUAGCUAGCGACAAAGCACCUGGUACAGAUGGUAUUCCAUCAGAUCUCAUCAGCUGCUGCAAAGACACUUUACUACAGCCUCUUCACGACGUCCUAUGCCAGUGUUGGAGAGAGGGAGAUGUGCCACAAGACAUGAGAGAUGCCAAGAUCAUCACCCUCUACAAGAAUAAGGGUGACAGGAGCGAUUGUAACAACUACAGACGUAUGUCUCUCCUGAGCAUCGUGGGAAAACCCUAUGCCCGUGUCAUGCUUGUGCACCUCCAGAAACUUGCUGGGGUGUCUACCCCGAAUCAGAGUGCGGCUUCUGAGCUGAACGCUCCACAGUGGACAUGA